AUGCCUCGCUUCAACUUCCAGAAGACCAUGGACUACAGGACUGCUGCCGUGAUGCCAUCUGAGAAUGGCUCCUGGGCUGAGAAGGAGCCCCUGCCAACUAAAGACAUGCGGAACUUCGCCUGCUGCAAAUGCAGAGAACUCCACCCCCACCCGCACGUGCUUACCCGCCACUUGCGCAUGCGUCCUCAGGUCUUGCAAACCUGUCAGGAAGGAGCCAUGGGUCCCCAGCUCACGCAGGGUUUGCUGUUCCUCUUUCUUCUCCUCGGAGCCUCCUCCUUGACCCUGGCACAAAAUUUCUAUUGUCACAGGGGUGUAUCCAUGAGCGUGAAAGGCGACCCAAGUAUGUUUGACUGGAGCACAGAGAAAGUUGAGGCUUGUGACAAUGGAUCACUUUGCCAGGAAUCCGUGCUGAUUGUUAAAUCAGGGUCCAAGGCAGCAAUUGUAGCCACGAAGGGCUGCAUGCCCCACCAGAGUCCGGCAAUAACGUUUGUCCAGCACUCCCCACCCCCGGGCGUCUUGGUGGUCUCCUCCAGCCACUACUGCGAGCUCUCCAAUUGCAACCACAGAAGGAACUUACCUAACGUAGGGACUGAAAGUCUCCCAGUUCCCAGUGUGUCGGAAACCCUCCACUGCCCAACCUGUGUGGCUUUUGGGACCUGUCUGAGUGCACCUUAUCUCCCCUGUCCCAAUGAUACAAAUCGAUGCUAUCAUGGAAAACUUCGGGUCGCUGGAGGAGACAUCGACUCAACUUUAGAGGUCAGAGGCUGUACAUCGGUAACUGGCUGCAGGCUGAUGUCUGGGGUCUUCACAAUAGGACCCAUGCAUGUGAAGGAAAUAUGUCCAUUCCAAACUCUCAUUCAACCCCGAAAGGUUGAAAAUGGGGCCAACUGGCUUCCCAUUUCAGUUGGGAAGUUAGAGCUACUGCUGCUGCUGUUGCUGCAGUCGCCGGUCCAUUGUUCCUGA